AUGUCGAACACCACUGUCUACGUCAAGAAGAUCGCCCAGGAGACCGAAGACAAGGAGAUCAAGGACUUCUUCAGCUUCUGUGGCAAGAUCACCGACAUCAAGGUCACCACGGAGACCGAAGGAAAGGAAGCCGCCGUCACCUUCGAGAAGGAGACUGCCGCCAAGACGGCCCUCCUGCUGAACAACACCCAACUCGGCCCCUCCCACAUCACUGUCCAGAGCGCCACUGGCGACUCCAACGACGAUGGCUCCCACUUCAAGGACAACGCCGACCGUGAUACCGAUGAGAUCACCCAGGAGGAGAAGCCCCGCUCCCGCAUCCUGGCAGAGUACCUCGCUCAGGGCUACGUCGUAGGUGACGCCGCCCUCCAGCGCGCCAUCGAGCUCGACACCCAGCACGGCGUCUCCAGCCGCUUCUUCAGCACCCUGCAGAGCCUCGACCAGAAGUACCACGCCACCGACCGCGCCAAGGCUACGGACCAGUCUUACGGCAUCACCGCCAAGGCACAGGGCCUCUUUGGCGGCUUGAGCUCGUACUUUGAGAAGGCCACCAGCUCUCCCACUGGCAAGCGCGUCGUUACCUUCUACCAAGACGGACAGAGACAGGUUCAGGACGUGCACACCGAGGCUCGCCGUCUGGCGGAACUCAAGAAGGAGCAGCACGGCGGCAGUGCCUACAAGGCGUCCGGUCUGGAGAGAUUCCUUGGUAAGGAGAAGGAGAAGAUCGUCCCCCCUGCUACCGGCGAGACCAUCGGCACCCAGGCGCCUACUCAGCCCGAUCCCACGACGGCUGUCCCCCUCUCCAAGCCUUCCGAGGCCACUAGCGAGAAGACCGCGUAA